GAUCACAUAUACAACUCCGGAGACAAUAGAGUGGAAAACGUUUCACUCGAUCUGCAAGGAACCCCGAAACCCUGAGUCCUGACUUCAGAGUUCAGACUCUAAAGAGAGAAAUCUCUGCAAGAGAGAAAUCUCUGCAAGAGAGAGAGGGAGAAGACGAACAUGGAAGGGCAGGAAGGAAAGCAGCAGCCACAAUUGGUUCUAGCACAUAAGCUUUUCCUUCUGAGGCACCCGGACGUGCCGGACAUUGAGAAGGUCAGGCUGAAGGAGGAGGUCUUGGCAUUUGUUAAAGCUGACGAUAUGGCUUUACUUUAUGAAACCCUAGCUACCGAGAACGUAUUGGAGAUGGAUCGAGCUGUUCUUGAUUCGAUGCGUUCGAAAAUCGAGGAAGAGCUCAAGAAGCUUGAUGAGAAAAUUGCAGAUGCUGAAGAGAACCUCGGUGAAAGUGAAGUCCGAGAGGCUCAUCUUGCAAAAUCACUGUUCUACAUUCGAAUCAGUGACAAGGAAAAAGCACUGGAGCAACUAAAGGUUACUGAAAGCAAGACAGUGGCCAUUGGCCAAAAGAUGGACUUGGUUUUUCAUACGCUUCAGCUUGGUUUUUUCUACAUGGACUUUGAUCUCAUAGCCAAAGGCUUGGAGAAGGCGAAGAACUUGUUUGAGGAAGGUGGUGACUGGGAGAGGAAAAAUCGUUUAAAGGUAUACGAAGGCUUGUACUGCAUGGCCACAAGAAAUUUCAAGAAAGCUGCAAACUUGUUCCUGGAUUCAAUAUCGACAUUCACAACUUACGAGAUUUUUCCUUAUGACACCUUCAUAUUCUAUACUGUCCUUACAAGCAUCAUUUCUUUGGACAGAGUUUCUCUGAAGCAAAAGGUGGUGGAUGCACCUGAGAUCCUGACAGUUAUAGGGAAAAUUCCUAAUCUCGCUGAGUUCAUGAACUCUUUACAUGGAUGCCAAUACAAAUCUUUCUUCUCAGCAUUUGCUGGCUUGACCGAGCAAAUUAAAUUGGAUCGUUAUUUGCAUCCCCAUUUCCGGUAUUACAUGAGGGAGGUCCGCACUGUGGUUUAUUCACAGUUUUUGGAAUCUUACAAGAGUGUUACCAUGGAGGCCAUGGCUACUGCUUUUGGAGUUACUGUGGACUUUAUUGAUAUGGAAUUGUCACGUUUCAUUGCCGCAGGGAAACUUCAUUGCAAGAUUGAUAAAGUUGCUGGUGUACUAGAAACAAACAGGCCAGAUGCAAAGAAUGCUUUGUACCAAGCGACUAUCAAGCAAGGGGACUUUUUAUUGAAUAGGAUCCAGAAGCUGUCUCGUGUCAUAGAUUUGUGAGACAAGAUCAACUUUGCCAGCCUUUUAAGAUAAGCUGGCUGCUGUAAUUUUUUCAGAAACAUUGUUGGUCAUGAACAGGGUCGAAAAACACAGAAUGGGAAACUGGAUCUUUCUCAAGCUGAUAUCCGGAUAGGAAUAGGCUUGGAUUGGCCCUGGAAUUGGUGUUUAAAUGCCCUAACCCUACUUCCUUCCGAGGAUCAGAUUAACCGGAUUGGAAUGCUCUCAUGAAUGCUGGGUUUUUAACCCAGGAAAUUGGAUCUUCUUGAAUUCUUUGUGCAAUGUUUUUGAUCCAUCCUUCUGUAGUGAAGUUUGCUUCUGUUUGUUUUGUUA